AUGUCUCACCCACUCAGUAUUCUCUCCAUCGAAGAGACCAAUUUGGCCCGCGAUGUGGUCAAAGCUGCUCACCCAAACGUCGUGAUCGACUUUCGGGAGAUCUUCCUACAAGAACCACCUAAAACUCAGCUCCAGGAAUUUCUAGCGCUCGAACAUGCCGGUCGCUUGAGUCCAACCACCCCACGACCGCCGCGUCUAGCUUUGUGCCAAUACGAUGUGAUCGGAGCGGACCGCAUUCCUCAGUUUCACGAAUCUGUGAUCGACGUGGUUUCACAGUCACGGGUGAAGCACACGAUGGUAGGGAAGGAACAUCAUGCCAGUUUGACUCUGAGCGAAUUUGAUGUUCUCGUCGGUCAAUGUAUGAAAUCACCAUUGUUCCAGAAAGCACUGUUGGAAUUCGAUCUUCCGGAAGGUUUCGAGGUCGUCAUUGAGCCAUGGCCAUAUGGUGGUUUGGAUCAUACCGAUGAAAAUCGUCGUUUUUUCCAGGGCCUUUGUUUCGCUCAGGACAAACGUUCUGGAAAUGAAGACUCCAAUUUCUAUUCUUUCCCCUUGCCCAUCAUCCCUGUGAUGGACGCCCACACCCAAGAGAUCAUCCGGGUAGAUCGACCCGCCACAGGCGGUAAAGGUGAUGGUCUACUUGAACAGACCUUCAAGCGGGAUAUAAUUGGUCAUUGCAAACCCUCCGAAUACGUGCCAGAGCUGAUGCCCGAGGGGACUCGCAAGGAUCUCAAACCACUGAAUGUGGUCCAACCUGAGGGUCCGUCCUUCCGUGUCACCAACGAGUCUCUGGUCGAAUGGCAGAAGUGGCGGUUCCGUGUUGCUUUCAAUCCGCGAGAGGGCGCGACGAUUCACGAUGUCUCGUACGAUGGCCGUAGUGUGAUGCACCGGCUAGCAAUCAGCGAAAUGACUGUCCCUUACGCUGACCCUCGACCACCUUUCCAUCGGAAACAGGCCUUUGACUUUGGCGACGGAGGUGGUGGAAACAUGGCUAACAAUCUCUCGCUCGGCUGCGACUGUCUCGGAGUCAUUAAAUAUUUCGAUGCCAUUAUCACCCAGGCAGACGGCACCGCCCAGACUCUUCCGAAUGCGAUUUGCCUCCAUGAACAGGACAAUGGAAUUGGGUGGAAGCAUUCCAACUGGCGCACCGGGCGCGCUGUCGUCACGCGGAACCGGGAGCUUGUUGUCCAGUUCAUUAUCACACUGGCCAACUAUGAAUAUAUCUUCGCCUAUAAGUUCGAUCAGUCGGGCGGGAUUACAGUUGAGGCACGCGCAACAGGUAUCUUGAACGUGGUCAAUAUCGAUGCUGGUAAAGUCAGUGAGUACGGAAAUGUGGUGAGUGGGGGUGUUCUCGCUCAGAACCACCAGCACAUUUUCAACAUACGAAUUGAUCCAGCUAUCGACGGCCCCAACAACUCAGUGGUCGUGGAGGAAUCUCACCCAGUGCCAAUGAAUGCGGUCACCAACCCCAACGGGAACUUCUAUGAAGUCACCAAGCAGACCGUAGAGCGUGCAUCUUGGAUCGAUGCCGCUCCGCAGCUCAACCGGACCAUCAAGAUGAUUAAUCCCCACAUAAAGAAUCCUAUCAGUGGAAACCCCGUGGGGUAUAAAUUCAUUCCACUGGCCACUCAGACUUUAUUGGCCGAUCCUGCAUCGGUGCAGGCGCGCCGGGCUCAAUUUGCUCAACACCACGUUUGGGUCACAAAGUAUCGCGACGGGGAGCUCUAUGCUGGAGGUCGUUAUACUUUGCAGAGUCAAACUGAAGUUCAAGGUGUCUCAGAUGCUGUUCUCCGCGGUGAUUGUGUUGUUGACACCGACGUGGUGGUUUGGAACUCUUUUGGCAUUACCCACAACCCUCGUGUAGAAGAUUGGCCCGUGAUGCCCGUCGAGAUUUUCCAACUCAUGAUUCGGCCAGCGGACUUUUUUGUCGCCAACCCGUCACUCGAUGUGCCUUCCAACAAGAAUAUAUCGUCACGGCUAGCUGACUCGGAAUGCUGUCGAAAGUCGCACAUCUAA